AUGACCCAAGAACGACACAAUCAAACAGCAGUCAUGGCCGUCCACCUCAAUGUCAAUAUCGGAAACCUGAGCCUCAGGCUCGAAGUUUCUCCUCUCACUCAAGAAGAAUUCGCGCCUUUUGGAGAUGUCGUCUACAACCCUCGACCUGGUCUUCUUCCUUCUAAAUACGCAUCUGAAGGCGGCCAGCUCCCAUACAGCGGCGCGUCGGCCAACCAAGGAACAGCAAUUCGCUACGCCGAUGUCAGCAAACCCCAAAAUCUUCUCUCACAGGCUCCCAGCAGCGAUGGUCAAUUGGUCAUGAGCGAAUUCGUCUGCGAAGCGCGAAGCUUAGCACGUGCAAAGGACGACACAACCAAGGACGAGUUCACCGUCAACAUCCUCGAGCGCCACCCUUUCACUUCUCAGACCUUUGCUCCACUGGCUUCUACCGCUUCGAGCUACCUGGUCGUUGUAGCUCCUUCUCUGCCCCCAUCUGCUCAAGAUGAGGGUCUCCCCGUGCCAAGCGGUGAGGGUCUACCUGGCAGAGGACUGCCUGACCUCAAGGGUCUACGCGCCUUCGUAGCAACAGACAAGCAGGCCGUAACUUAUGCCGCUGGCACAUGGCAUGCUCCCAUGGUGGCUCUGGGCAACAAGGAGACCACUUUGGAUUUCUUGGUUGUUCAAUUCUCUAGCGGUGUUGCUGCUCAGGACUGCCAGAUUGUCAAUCUCGAGGGACAAAACUCCAAGGAAACCGAUAUCAAGGUGCUUCUUCCGCGCAGCGGAAAAAUCGCCGCGAAGCUGUAG